UGUGCCUGUGAAGGGGUGAACGAAAAGGUGCUGCGCAGGCGCAUUGAAAACCUUACCGACUUCGGUUCGUCAGCGGAACCUUUGAAUCGAGUUUUCGGGCCACCAAGGGAGGAACCCCGGAGGCGACUCGUCAGGACUAUUUGGAAAGAGGAUAAGGAAGAGGAGGAGCGAGGAUCCAUGGCGGCGCUGGUUGCUGUUUGCAGUGAUCUAGGGAGGAAAAAGUUGGCGUACUUCAUAAAGCCAGCUCUCUGCCUCAGAGAUCCUAAGACUCACGCGGUGCUGUGGAGAAGCUGUUCACAAUAUACGCAGGUAGCCAGCAAUGAGGACCUGCCCAUUCCAAUGGAAAAUCCUUAUAAGGAGCCUCUUAAAAAAUGUAUUUUGUGUGGAAAACGUGUAGAUUAUAAGAAUGUACAGCUUUUGUCCCAGUUUAUAUCUCCAUUUACUGGAUGCAUUUAUGGAAGGCACAUAACAGGUCUUUGUGGGAAGAAACAGAAAGAAAUCACAAAAGCAAUUAAGAGAGCUCAAAUAAUGGGGUUUAUGCCAGUUACAUACAAGGAUCCUGCAUAUCUCAAAGACCCUAAAGUUUGUAACAUCAAGUAUCGGGAGUAAAUUACAUGUCUUAUCAUCAGUAAAUGUAUUUUACAAUAAAUGGUUGUAUGGUUUUAA